AUGCAGUUCUCCGACCCUCGGAGUUCCAAUUCAAUAAUACACGUACCAACGUGUCGAUUCAGGGCGUCCUAUACUAGUUUAACCGGCAUGACCCCGAUUGGUGAUGAUCCUGCGCUAGCCACGAAUUACACUCCUUAUGAUGCGGUUAAGUGGCGUCUCCAGGCUUCCAUACCUUUCGCGUCCCUGGAAGGCGGAAUCAGUGAACCGAAACUGACUACCAAAUUGGGCCUAAACAUUGAUUACUUAAUGUUGCUUUCGGCCGAUCCACCUGUAAUCAAUGAGCAGCACGGUCGGGGUGAACCCGCUAAGGACUGGAAGCAACCAGAAGGUCCUCCAGCGAACGUAAAGAAUGACCCCAAAGUUCUGUUUGGAUCGAUUGCUGUCACUUAA